AUGUUGACUUCGUUGUCUUUGGCUGCAUUGGCAUUCUUGCCUUCGGCGAAUGCGCUCGUCAGGAAGGAUGGUGUGGGUCGAUUGCCGGCAUUGGGAUGGAAUAGCUGGAAUGCCUUUGGUUGCGAUGUCAAUUCUACAAAGAUCAUGACUGCUGCCAAUGAAAUUGUCAAUCUCGGUUUGAAGGACCUUGGAUAUGAAUACGUUAAUAUUGACGACUGUUGGUCUGUCGAGAACACUCGCAAUUCGACGACCCAGCGUAUCAUUCCUGAUACGUCGAAAUUUCCAGAUGGAAUAUCUGGGAUCGCUGAUCAGGUGCAUCAGUUGGGCUUGAAGGUUGGCAUUUAUAGCAGUGCUGGCGAGACUACUUGUGCGGGGUACCCUGCUAGUCUGGGAUACGAGCAGGUUGAUGCAGAGGCAUUUGCGGAAUGGGGAAUUGACUACUUGAAGUAUGAUAACUGCGGCGUCCCAAGUAACUGGAAAGACCAAUAUGCCGCCUGUGUCCCUAGUAGCUCCACCGACGGUGCCAAUGGAACUUGUCCUGACCUUUCUGACCCGGCGCCCGCUGGGUAUGACUGGACUCAGUCUAAGACGUUCACUCGGUAUACUGCAAUGCGUGAUGCCCUUUUGGCACAAAGUCGAACCAUUCUAUACUCCCUGUGUGACUGGGGCCAAGCCGACGUUAACACUUGGGGCAAUGAGACUGGUAACUCGUGGCGCAUGUCGGAAGAUAUCGGAGCGAAUUGGGAUCGCAUCUCUCUAAUUGCUAAUGAAAACAGUUUCAAAAUGAACUAUGUUGGAUUCUGGGGCCACCCGGAUCCUGACAUGCUUGAAGUUGGAAAUGGAGAUCUUACUGCAGAGGAGAAUCGUGCUCACUUUGCCUUGUGGGCAAUCAUGAAGUCUCCACUGAUUAUUGGUACUGCACUCGACAGCAUCAGCGAUGCCAACUUAGCCAUUCUAAAGAACAAGUACUUGAUUGAAUUCAACCAAGAUCCCAUCGUGGGCCGCUCAGCCCACCCAUACAAAUGGGGAUACAACCCCGAUUGGACCUUUGACUCCGAUCACCCCGCUGAAUACUGGUCCGGUCCUUCCUCGACGUUGAAGGGUACACUCGUGCUGAUGUUGAAUUCGGAGAAUGUCACUUCUACCCGUACGGCGGUGUGGAAAGAGGUUCCGGAAUUGAAGCACCAUAAUGCGUAUCGGGUUAUUGAUGCUUGGAGUGGAAAGAAUCUUGGCUGUGUUAAGAAGCAGUAUAGUGCUUCGUUGGCGAGUCAUGAUGCUUCUGUGCUUGUGGUAAAGGAGGCUUGUUGA